AAGUGAAAAAGCAGUUAAUGCAUAUUCAAGGAUUUUACACCUUUUCCAGUUGUGCUCUUGGGACAUCUGUAUUAUGCAAUAAAAGUUGGAUUUCUAUUCAACAUGACAACGGCAGUGGUUAAAAAGAAAUAUUAUUUAUAGAUACACCUUAUGACCAAAGAUGGUAGUCCCCAACAUUCCUUUUGUUUAUUUCAUUCUUCCAAAUUAUUUUAAAAUAUAGGGAACCUUCCUGGUUCCUCCCUGAAUUUAAGCCCUUAGCAUAGUGCAUCUACCAUUACACCACCUUCAAUUUACCAAUGCUUUUGCAGCUCAACAAGAUAAGCAGUGAUGAUAGCUAUCUGUUAAUCUUUCCUGCCUCAGCAAUGGAUUCUUUUAAACAAAUCUGGGGUGCAGAAGGUUGUAGCAGCAGUGAAUCUGGUUGGACUAUGUAUAUUGCCUCCCCCAUGCAAGAAGAUGAUGGUGGAUGCAGCAAUGAAAAUGAUGGAGGAUAUCAUGAAAUCUAUGGUGAAAACAGGAUGAAGAAGAAGGGAGCCAGAGUUGAUGAAGUGGAAAGUGAUGAUUCUAUGGCUUCAGACGCUUCAUCCGGUCCGGUUCGCGGCCAAACUAGUCAUGGCACAGCAGUCUCUAAGAAAGAAAAACAAGAUCAUGGAAGCAAGUGUUCUUCUAAGAAAAGUGCAAACAAAGAGAAGAAACGUUUUGACAGCAAAAGUAAAAAAUGAUGAGAAUGUUCAAUUGUAUUAUAUGAUGCUGGAAUUUUUGCAGCCAUGCAUCUUAGAAAUUUGUAUUUGUUGAUUUGUAAUCACACCUCUACCCAAAGGAAAUACCCCCAAAGAUUCUUUUAUGUAAUCAUUAGUCUGAAGUUUUAUGUUUCACACUACACACUAUGUUGAUUGUUGAAUGUUUAUAUUCUUUUGAAGUGAAAAUAAACUUCCAUAAGAAACA